AAUGUGAUAUGAUGUCACGUCACGGGCUAAGGCACAGAAAAUAGUUGAAAUAAAAUGAAAGCUCCCAACCAAAAAAAGAAAUUGGAGGUGAAGCGGUUGAGUUGAAAGUUGAGAUCAGUGUGAUGGAGAAGAAGCUGAAGGUGUAUGCAGAUCGUAUGUCCCAACCAUCUCGAGCAGUUCUGAUAUUCUGCAGGUUGAACGGCAUCGACUUUGAGGAGAUCAAAAUUGACACCUCCAAACGCCACCAACUAUCUCCUGAAUAUACAGAAGUUGGCCAUCCACUGAAUCCAAAAGCAGCUUCUGAAGCAGAGAAAAUUUUAUUAUCUUCUUUAUCAAUUCUAGAGAAAAUUUGGCUAAAUGGAGAUGGACGAUUCCUUCUUGGUGGCUUUCAACCGUCUAUAGCAGAUCUCAGUCUGGUUUGUGAACUCAUACAACUUGAGGUUUUGGAUGAGAAAGAUCGCAAUCGAAUAUUAUCACCGUACAAGAAAGUUGUUCAGUGGAUUGAGGAUACAAGAGCUGCAACAAAUCCUCACUUUGAACAAGUGCAUAAUAUCCUUUAUAGAGUUAAAAAGAAACUCCAACAACAGCGUUCAAGGGAUGCUGAAGCCGGGACUGAGACUCGCAACAAGAUGGGGAGGCAUUCUAAGAUGUGAAUUCAAUGCUUUCAUGUUUUUCGCAAGACUGGAUCAUUUGUAGCCUAAGUAGAUUUUGUGAGUGAAUAAGUAGAAGUCAGAAUAGAAAAGUGGUUGUACUUGGAAACUUAUAUGAUCAUUAUGUAAAUUGCCGCGGUACAUUGGAGGUGUAUUAUUCGCAAUUGAAUUAAAAAAGAACUACCUAACUCUUAGUGUCCAACAUAAUGAAAUCUCUUGUAAAGAGAUAGUGUGAAAUGCUAUUUCUUUCAUGAUUAAAAUAGUAAAUUACUGAAAUGGAAAAGAAUUAUAAUCA